AUGUUCAAAGUAUCUAGAAGAAUGUCUCAUACAACGAAAUUCUUAACACUACCCAAAACCAGCUCAUUCACAAAACACAUCACUCCAGAUAAGCGAGUUCCCGAUUUGGAAACAGCACUUGCGAAUGAAAAAUUCAUCACAAACAAACCACGAAACUUGGUAGGUGGUGGGUUCACAUGGGUAUUGCCCACAAAAAGGGACGAGUAUGAGUUCUUAAUUGCUAACCCAAAAGCAUUGAGGGACCUCGGCUUGGAUGAAGUAGAAGAUCCCAAGGACCCCAUAUUUCAGCAGAUUGUAAGUGGUGAAUAUUACCUCGAUAAAAAGACCUUUAUGGACAAGGGGUUCCCCAUGCCUUAUGCCCAAGCAUAUGCUGGCUGGCAAUUUGGCCAAUUUGCAGGUCAAUUAGGUGACGGCCGGGUUGUUAGUCUCUUUGAAAUUCCCAAAGCUUUUCCAGACGGUGAAAACAGACCCGUUUAUGAAUUGCAGUUGAAAGGUGCAGGAAUGACUCCUUAUUCGAGGUUUGCCGAUGGAAAAGCCGUUUUGAGAUCAUCGAUUCGUGAAUACAUCAUUUCUGAACACUUGAAUGCCAUCGGCGUGCCUAGUACCCGUGCAUUGUCCUUGACCUCGUUGCCAUCUACAUUUGCGCAGAGACACGCGGUGGAAAAAUGUGCCAUAGUUGCAAGGUUUGCUGAGAGCUGGGUGCGAUUAGGUACUUUUGACCUUUAUAGGUAUAGGGGCGACAGAGAUGGCAUUAGGCAAUUGUCUAAUUACGUUAUAGACGAAUUGUUUACAAUUGAUGGAAAACAGUUUCAAAAUUAUGAACGCAUUGUGAGCAAGAAACCAAACUUGAUCACUAUUGACCAAGAUGAAUUAACAAAGUACGACAAGAUGUAUUACGAAACAGUUAUUAGGAAUGCUGAAACAACGGCAAUAUGUCAAUGCUAUGGAUUCCUAAAUGGUGUGCUCAACACAGAUAAUACUUCAGUACUUGGAUUAACGAUUGAUUUUGGUCCCUUUUCCAUUAUGGAUAAAUAUGACCCAAACUAUACACCAAACUCGGAGGAUCAUCAAUCGCGUUAUGGCUACAGAAACGUUCCCACUGCAAUAUGGUGGAAUUUAACACGAUUUGGUGAGGAUCUAGCGGAAUUGCUUGGUGCUGGUAAUACAUUGCUUAAUGACCCUGAGUUUGAAAAGGGUAUUAAGGAAGAAUGGGAAGAUCCAAUUAUCAAGAGAGCUACCAAGAUUAUUGAAAUUGGUGGCGAGAUUUACUUGUAUGCGUUUACCAAGAAAUAUGUAGAGACUUUUUACAAGAGACUUGGUUUAUCCCUGCAAUUGAUUGAUGAGAAUGAGCCAGAAUUGCAAAAUGUGCAAUUGAUAACCCCCAUGCUCGAGGUGUUGCAGAAAUUGCAAACCGACUUUAACUUGUUCUUUUUGGAAUUGCAAAAUGCCGAUUUCAAUCAACCUUUGGAGCUGAUUGCUGAGUCUUUUUUGCUGCAAUAUGAUUCUAGCACACAUAGAUACCACAAGGAAGACAUUAGCAAAGAACUUGUUGACUGGUUCAAGAUUUACCAGCCACUAAAACAAAAAUCUAAGGAAUUACAAGAUGAUGCAGCUUCUAAACAGUAUAAUCCUAAAUUCUUGCCAAGAAACUGGAUUUUGGACCAAGUUAUAGAGCAGGCCACUGAAUCUCAAGGAAAAGAUAUCACUUAUUUGAACAAAUUACAAAAGAUGAGCUCAAACCCAUUUGAUGAGAGUAAAUGGGGAGAUGAGUUGAAGGAUAUUGAACAAUCGUGGAUUUUACAAGGAAAAAAGGGUAACGAGUAUUCCAUGUUGCAAUGUAGCUGUUCAAGUUGA